UUCUCGGUUGAAUUUAUUUUUGUAGCUGUAAUUAUUAUAUACUAAGUAAUUUAAUGUGUAGGAAAAUGUAUAGAUUUUUUUAAAGUUAUUAAUUUAAAUAAAAAUUGUAUUUAAAAUACGAUAAUUACUGAAAGUCCUUAAAAUUAAUAAUACAUAUUGAUACUGAAACGAAUAUUAUUUUAAUAACUUUUAUUAUUUUGAAGUUUAAUUUUAUAUAUUAUUAAAUAACUGUUAAUUGAAAUAUCAUCUCUAUUAGACUAAAUGAUGUCUCGUCAAAGUACUAGAUUAGAUGUUAAGAAAGUAAACUCAGAAUUAUUUACACUUACUUAUGGAGCAAUUGUUUCUCAACUAAUGAAAGAUUAUGAAAAUGUCGAAGAUGUUAACAAACAAUUAGAUAGAAUGGGCUACAACAUUGGAAUACGAAUGGUAGAAGAUUUUUUAGCUCGUACUAAUGCUACUAGAUGUAAUGAUUUAAGAGAAACUGCUGAUAAAAUUCAAUAUGCAUUUAAAAUGUAUUUGGGUAUAACCCCAGCUUUAACUAAUUGGAGUGCUGCUGGUGAUGAAUUUUCAUUAACAUUUGAUACAAAUCCACUUACAGAAUUUGUAGAACUACCAGAUAAUUUUCAGAAUCUCAAAUAUAGUAAUGUUCUUUGUGGUGCACUUAGAGGAUCUUGUGAAAUGGUACAAAUGGAUAUAUCAUGUUGGUUUGUUCAAGAUCAACUAAAAGGAGAUUUAGCAACUGAAUUACGAGUAAAAUUCAAUAAAAGACUCGAAGAUGCCAUACCUGCUGGUGAAGACUAAAAAUCUAAAAAAUUAUAUUAUCUGUAAAUAACUAUAAUAAUAAUUAUCACUAAUAAUUUUAAGGUAUUAAUAUACAUAUAUAUUUAUUAUCUUGAAAUAAAUUAUUAUUCAGAUGUUAUA